AUGGUGAAGAACUUUGUGUCGGGGAAGGUGGCGGAGAUGAGGAAGCCGGAAGCCAGCAUUAAGGGCGUCGAUAUAAAUAGUGUUAAUAGAGACGGUGUGGAAUACGGCGCCAAGGUUGCCGUCUCCAACCCCUAUAGCCAUUCCAUCCCCAUUUGUGAUAUUCAGUUCGAUUUAAAAAGCGACGGCAGCGAGAUUGUAAGAGGAAAAAUAGAGGAUCCAGGGUCGUUGAAGGGGAACGAUACGACGAUAUUGGACGUGCCGAUGAAGGUGCCGCAUAAUGUAUUGAUAAGCUUGGCCAAGGAUAUUUGCAGAGACUGGGAUAUUGACUAUGAGCUCAACGUUAAACUUAUCAUUGAUCUUCCCGUCUUUGGAGACUUCACCAUCCCCGUCAGUAAGAAAGGAGAAAUCAAGCUUCCUUCUCUCAGAGACUUAUUUUGA